GCACUGAUAGGUGGCACUGAUUGGCAUUGAUGGUUGACACUGAAAGGCAGCUCAGAUGGGCACUGAUAUGUGGUAUUCAUGUGGCACUGAUGGGCACUGAAAUGUGGGCACUGGCAGGUGGCAUGGAUAAGCACUGAGAGCUGGCACUGAUGGACACUGACAGGUGGGCUUUACACACUGCUGGGGCUAGGUGGCACUGCUGGGGCUACACAGAUCAUCAGGGCACAUUGAUCAUCAGUGCUCUGAUGAUCUAUGUCAGCGUGACAGCUCGUGGGGAGAGAAAUGCCGAUAACGGCAUUUCCCUGUUUACAUGUGAUCAGCUG